AUGUUUAAACGUCUUGCCAUUGCCACGGCCCUGGGUGUCGUUGGUGCCAGUGCUGCUGGGGUGACGUAUCCCGUCCCUACACAGGUACCGUCCGGCGCCGUGAAGCUGGAUUCUACCCCAUUGGGCGUUUCUUUCGAGUUCUUCAUGUGGCCAUCAUACAUGACCAACAUCACACCACCUCUACAAUGCCUCGAUCACUUCUCCACGCUCUAUGGCAAAAAGAUUCCUAUCAGAAUCGGCGGCACAACUCAAGAUAGAGCAACAUACGAUCCAGACUUCCAGGGCUACGUCUCUUAUCAUGUCGACAACCCUUUAGACGCCCCAAUGAGCUUGACUUAUGGACCCAAGUUCUUUGAUUUGAUCCCCGAAUUUGGUGCUGAAACUAUGCUGGGUUUCAAUCGCGGUAACGACAACAUUACCAAUACACUUGAAGCAGUGAUGGAGGCCAAGGCUCGGGCUGGACAAAAUCUCGGGGCCAUUGAACUCGGAAAUGAACCUGAUCUCUACUACUCAAUCUGGAAUAAGCCAAUAGCUGUUGCUCCCUGGAACAACUCUCAGGAGGGCGGUAGCGCCGCAGAAUGGGCUCAAGCUUUCAUCAAUCGCUGGAAGAGCCCUCUCCCUAUCCUAUCUGCCGGUGCAUACGCUGUACCAAUUCCUCUCUACGAGGACUAUCCUGAUACAAACUACUUGAUAAACGAGGCUUACAAUGCCAGUGUCAAGGCUGGGACCAAGUCGUACUGCACACAUCUCUAUGCACUAUCCAGUGGCACUACCUUGAGCACUGAGAUGAAUCAUUUGAGAACGGUUUCUGACUUGUCACACUUUGUCGACAAGAUCGCAACAGCAAAGUCCAUUAACCGGCCUUAUAUCAUUGGUGAGACUGGCUUCCAUGGACUCGAUGAGGAGAUGGAUGCUACUUUUGGUGGUGCCCUUCAGGUCCUUGACAAGACCCUCCUAGCUCUAUCAAUUGGCAUCGAGAGACUUUACUACCACCAAGGCACUAUUAACCAAGCAUUCUUCAAUUGGUGGUCAGACGAUCAGGUCGAGGCGCCAUUCUAUGGUGCUUGGAUGGCCGGUUUAGCUCUUCAAGGUGCUGACCACAUCGUUGCUAGCGAUGAUGGCACCAAUUCCUUUGCGCAGUACAUCCUCUAUAAGCGCGGCAAGCCCUUCAAGGCUGUACUUAUUAACACUGACUACUACUCGGGCACUGGCAAGCGAAACAGCACAACCUUUACUCUUAAAGGCUUGAAGAGCGCGAAGAUCAAGGCUCUGCGAAUGAUUGCGCCAUCCAGUGAUGUUACUACCAGCCUGGAACAGGCGAAUCCGUCUAAUGAACUUACAAUUGGAGGUCAAUACUUUAAGAACUCAGAUUGCUCAAUCAAAGGCAAGAGGAAGUUGGAAGUGUCGGUUGUACAAAAUGGAAAAGUUACAUUUAAGCUUGCAGCCUCUGAAGCUAUCUUGGUGUAUUUCUAA